AUUUUGAAAGAGCUGAUUAUUUUCGCUCGAUGUGAUGUGAAUUCGAAAAAGGAAAUGUAUUUUUAUUGACUUUGACGAUCAAGUAAGUUUUUGAAAUGUGAGUAUUUUUGUACCGAAGAGAUCUACAUUGUACAGUUAGACCUUGAGAUUUCAAGGAGCACGUUAUGCCCCCCAAACCCUCACUUUUCUACAUUUGCUGCAUUUUUUGCCCGUCAUUCACUUAAGCUUGUGUUCCCUUUGGGAUUUAAGAACAACAACUAAACAAGGUUUGAUCAUCGCUGGGGGAUUACAAGCAAAAAACUUUGUUUUGAUAAUAAUUUUGUUUGCGGUUUGUAAUGAAAGGGGCCGUCAACAUAUUCACUUUUUCUCUGCUUAUUAAAACGUUAACUGGAAGUUAAGAUCAUACCACCCACCCCAACGCCCCCCACCCCCUCCCCCCAUUCUUAACGUUCACUUGUAAUACAAUUCUGCUGCUCCAAAAGUCACUGCAUUCCAGAAGGAAUACUGACAUGCACUGAUGUGAAAGUGUCAAUGGUAUCGACACAAUUAACUGCUUUCAAAAACUUGGUAGAAACUUCAUACUUCGAAUUAUGCUUUCUUCUAGCUGUUCUCUCGCAAAAUCUGCAUAUCUGCUCUUUCCUGUUGACCCUUUUUGUUUUCUACUACAUUUGUACAUUACAUAUUCAGAGGUCAAAUCCAGGAUCACUGGUACAUAGCAGCCAUUUAUGAAUCUGCCCUGCUCUAAUGUCCACUGCCUUACCCCCCUCCCCCCCCCCCCCCCCCCCCCCCCCCCCCCCCCGCAAAUGUCCAGUUGACAUUAAGCGGGGGGAAGAGUGAAUAUGUUGACAGCCCGUAACCAGGGUGCAAAGAAAGUUGGUUUUACGGCUUGCCAUUCUGGCCAGUUAUUGCUAGUAUGUACACUGCAAGGUUGUGCUCUAAGGAAAAUUUCAGGGAGCCCUUCGGGCUCCUAAGCAUUUUAGCUAAGGUGCCCAGACCUCAAAGUUGGUCGCCCGAAUAAAAAUUUCGGGAGCCCUUCGGACUCCAGAACAUUCCUGCUCGGUUGCCCAGGCCUCCAAGUUGGUCGUCCUAGUACAUCUAAUGAAGAAGUAUUUUGUGUGCACGUGAAUCUUACUGGCCUGCUUCAUCAAACUUGGUAAUUUUGACCUUUGGGUGUGACAAAAACCUGCAUGUUGUCUUAUGAAACCCAUCAAAGUUUUCGUGCCAGUUAGAUUUUAAACCAGAACCAUAAGCAGUGCCACCAAAUUGUUCAGGUUUUAACCCAUUCGCCCCUGAACCGCCUGUAACCGCCCGUGCGGAUCCACGUCCUUUCUACCCUUUGUGACGUCAUCAUGCAGAAAGAGGCAAAAAACCAUGUAACAUUGACCUGAAAAUCUCCAUGAAAAUCUUGAUCCAUUGCCCACCUACCUUUCCUUUCACCUAAUCCUAAGAUCCUAAAAGCUUUCCUAAAAACUAUUCCCACCAAAAUGAAUCCUACUAAAUGCCCAGCAAGAGAAAAAAAAAAAAUGAGGCAAGAAAAGCGAAAAAAGAGUGGAGGAGAGAAAGUGAAAAGUAAAAGUCAAGACUGCUGUGUCACUUUUAAACCCAGAAACUAUGUCGAAAUUUUGCUUUCUGCGCAUGCCCGAACUUCGCAAGCUGAUAUUUUGCAUCUGGAUCAGAAGGCCAUGAAGUGUACGACCUGUAAAGCGGUUUGUGGUAAGUUUUAGCUCUUUAUAGCAUGACAGUGACCAGAAAACCACUCGACUAGCUUCGAAACGCGUUUUUCGGCAAAAUCUCCAGGAGCGAAUGGGUUAAAGAGGGAAAAGUAAAUUCAAUAAUUUCAACAGGUUUACGUAAACAUAGGAAAACUAUGCUUUUUACCAGUGAUACUAAACUUGAAAAUAAAUUUUCAAAAGGUGAAUCAAUGGGGUAUGAAAGUUUACAUGGCAGAUUGAACUCAAGUUCCAGUGAAAAAUUCCGUGGAACAGUAAAUCUGCCGCAGCCCCAAACCUGUUGUUUUAACAAAAAAAACAAGUCAUCUUUAAUUUUCUUUUCUAUAUUAUCCAUGAAUCUUUUAGGGUAAUUGAGCUUUUCCUGGAUACGGUCGAAGCGUGAACCAGCUCUUCUUUUCAUGUUUUUAUUAUUAUUUUUUGGCCACUAAAUUUAGCCUAUAUAUGCAUGCAUGCAAAUUUAGUCUUUGAUAUGUGAAAUGCCAAGACAACGUGGAACUGCCCUGUUUCUAAAACAACAAUAAAAACGAUCAGAACGAUCAUAUCUUUUCUUUUCAUAUUUCGUUAUAUCUUAUAUAAAGGGAAGAAAACAAUCAUAAAUAUGUUUUAGCCAAGCAGACACAACAGCCAAAAACUGUAAAAAUAUUAAAUUUACAUACUGGUCAAUACAGCAACUUCUUAUAUACAAAAAUAAAUUACUCCUUGUCACCAGCCGCACUCUACGCCUGUCAGAAAAGUAUUAACAGUUUCUCCUAAAAACUGUACCUAAUAAUAAAACCAUUCUAUCUGAAAGAAAAAUUUUUAAAACUAUUUUAAGACAGGGUAUAAAUCGAUCCGUGCGGCUUGUCACGUUCAAAGUGAUGGAUUAUGUUACAUGUGAAAUUAUACAGAACAACCUUUGAACAUCGACGAACGCCCAUUUCUUUCAUACAGCAUUCAUAAAAACAUUUUCUGUAGGGUUUAGUAAACUCUGACUCAACAAACCAACACUAGUAUGUUUAAUUUUUCCGCCGCUUAACUGAACACUGCACUAGAAGCAAGGGUGCCUGGCUGGGCCAGCAGGAAUUUUUUUCAGUCGCCCGAAGCUAAAUGUUAGUCGCCUCAGGUGACCAGAUGCCGUUAGAGCACAGCCUUAACACUGUACUAUAGGCAAAAUAGCCCAAGAAUCUUUUAGGUAGCCCAAAAAUGUUUUUGAUGAGCAGCAUUGAUUACAGUUCUUCUGUAAUUUGAAUUUCCCAACAAAACUUCACUUGCCCUUUGGGCAAGUUAAGAACAGAAUUCACUAGCCCGAUUGCAAAAUCCACUAGCCCUGGGCUAUCAGACAUGACUUUCUUUUCACGCUGCCUAACAGAUAAAAACCAUGCAAUUGCUGGAAUCAACAAAGGUCAGAUGAGAAAAUUGGGGAGGAAGGUGGUGAGGAGAAAAAGGAAGAGAGAAAAACUGCCUGCAUUCAACCCCAGUUUAUGGUCAUUUUGCCCUGGUUAUAUUAAACAGCAUGCUUGUUUUGGUUUAUGGCUUAUAGAACAAGGAAUAUAACAUUAUUUUGCAGAUUAAUCCCAAAAAAUGCCCUUAUGUGAGUUAGAAGUUUGUGACAUUGAAGAUGCUGUAAAGAAGGAUGAUCUCACUCCAAAUGAUCGCAUCACUAAACGUAAUGCUGUGCUUCCCAAGGCAAGAGCAAGAUCAGCAAAAAAUGGCUGUAUCGAGUCACCAGUUGGAGACAGCAUUAUCCCUGGUACACAGAAAAUUUAUAUCAAAACUUGGGGAUGUUCUCACAAUAACAGUGAUGGGGAAUAUAUGGCAGGCCAGCUAGCUGCUUAUGGAUAUAAAAUCACAGGUAAUUUGGUUAUAAUCAGGGGUUUCAAUAAGCACCGACGCCUGACGGAAUGCGUCGGCUACUUUGCUCAUAAAAGUCGGCUACUUUUUUUCCAGAAAGAAGUAUUUACUAGUUUGAAUAACAUUGUAAACAAAAAAUAUAUCAUAAAAUCUUAAUGAAAUGUAAUUAUGACAUGCUUCCUAAAGGUUUACUGGUUUUACGUUAUGCUUUAGUCAAUUUUUCACAGUUUUACAUAGAAUUUGUUUACGUGCAAAAGUGGGUAAUCUAGUUUUCAUCAUUUUUUUAUUGCUUGUAAGAAUUGAUUGUGUAACUGAUAAAUUGAAAGGUGAAUGAAAGCUACAUUUUGUUGAAUAAAAAACACGCUCUUUUAUCCUCAGUUUGGUCCCCAGAAUGCCGAAAAUUGUGUUUUAGGGCUUUGAAAUUUUAACAUUUUGUGGGGAAGUACCCCCCAGACCCCUCCUCCACCCUAGAAAAAGGGUUACUCUAUUCAAACCUGAUCUACAACAAAUUUUAUUGAAACCCCUGAUAAUAAUAAUUAUUAUAAUGAUAAUGAAGAAAAACUUGGUAAUUACGACCACUUUCUAGCUGCGUUAAUGAGUGGAUGAAUCACCACUUUAAUAAGACAUGUAUUCUCAAAUUGCCUUGUGUAGUAUGCUUUUUGUAAGCCUCUCUUUUGCAUUAUCUUUUGUGUACUGUUUGCUCAUGCAAUGCACCAGUUUGAUGAACAUUUGCGUACGUAGUGCAUGCAAAGGGAGUUGUGCUAAUGUUCUCCUUUGACUUGAAUUAGUGUAGUUGUACGUGUGUAUUUUUAAUUUGAAGUUCAGAAGUGUGGCAAUGCGAGAAGUGAGUUGGAUCCAUGGACUCUUUAGUCACAGAUAAUUAAAGCUACACGUUCUAGUGCAAACCUUCUGACAAAUACAAUCUUAUUGUACCCUAAAGAAAAAAAUAAUUAUAUUAUUAAAAAAAUGAAAAUAGAAGUUUUCAUAUUAAUAUUAAUUUUAUUUUAUUUUAUGUUGAAAAUCUGAAUAACAAACCUGAGACCAACGAUAUGCUCAUUUUACCCCUGCCCCCUCCCCCCCCCCUCCCCCACCAUCUCCAUCAGUGCCCUGUUUUACUGGUAUUUAAAGCUACUUAAAGCUACUCUGUACACAGAAAGGAAAGAAAUCGAAAGAAGGAUUUGUGGUCACACCUGGGAAUCAAACUCCUGCACAAAAGCCAAUGCACUCACCAACUGUGCUAAUUCUUCCUCUUCUAAAUUCUAUUGUGCCAUAAGUUUGUAAAAAAAAACAAACAACAAAACAAAAGGCUGGAGUAGCUUCACAUUGUACAACAGUUUGUGUCAAGAACAAAAGAUGAUUGCCCCGUUACAUUUCCUAUAGAACUGGUGAGGAGAAUUGAUAAUAUUGUCGUUAAAUCCAUCUUGUUUGAUCAUGUCUGUAAUUCUAGCAACCACUUUUAUUUUAUACUACAUGUAUGUAGCCUUGAUAUUGUAAGAAGUUGAUGCUUGUCACUGUGCCACCCGACUCACCAUGUGAUACUUAAGCCUUCUGUAAACUACAUCAGGGUGAGAAAAAUCACUUCUCCUAUGGUGAAGUUCACUAGAAGUUCACUAGAACACAGGCCUACCAACCACCCUUUACUACAUAACUGUGUCUACUGUAUUUAUAACUGUAAAAUCUAUUUUUUGUCACCAGAUGAUUCAGAAGCAGCUGACCUGUGGCUGCUCAAUAGCUGUACAGUAAAGAAUCCUUCAGAGGAUAACUUUAGAAACGCAAUCAAAAGAGCACAAGAGCUUGAUAAACACUUAGUUGUCGCAGGUUGUGUUCCUCAAGGUCAACCCAAGCACCAAUCCAUCAAAGGCAUCAGUGUGAUAGGGGUAGGUUUGUGUGUACUUCAUGUAUGUGUGUUGUGUGAAUGUUAAUUUCAUGUUUCACAGGGGUUUUAAUAAGCACAGAUGACCAAUGAAACACGUCGACUACUUUUGUUAGAGAAGUCAGUUACUUCUCUUGCAAAAGAAGAAGCAACUAGCAAUCAAAAUGCAUAGCCUGAUAUAAACACAAGAGGGAUUGGGAGAAUUCAAGACAGUUAUGCAAACCGGAGACGAAGUCAUAACAGUUGAGAAUUCUCCCAACCCCUCUCAUGUUUAUAUCAGGCUAAGGAAAUAUAGGAAAAAAGUUGGUUUUUUAUUACUUUUAUAAAUAAACUUUCCCCCCCAAAAUGCAAAACUCUUUGUUAUAGCACUGAUUAAAAGAGAAAUUCUUACCAGUCGCAAAGUCUUGUACAUAAAGUCUGGCACACGAAAUCUUGUUCACGUAAGCAGUUCUUGUUUUGCAAAAAAAUUUUUCUCACUUAAAAUGUCAACUUAAGCGAAAAAAAUUGACACAGCAUACAGGUUUGUAAAGAUUUUCCAAGUUUCGGCGGACCAGGGAGGGGUAAAUUAAAGUAAACUUGUUGAAUUUCUCAACCCAAAUACUUUUUCAAAUUUGUGCUUGGGUGAUUAGCGCCUAAAAAGCAAAACUUCUUGAUUUCAUAACCAUGUUUACAUAGUCUCGUGCAAACAAGCAUCUUGACCAAUCAGAGUGUGUGUACUAUCUUAGUUAUUUUAAUAAUGACUUGUUGUAAACAAUAAUUAAUAUUAUAUUAUUAUUAUGAUGUGUUUUCUAAUUCACAAAGAACCACUGGGUUUAAUAUUGUUUGCUUUGUCAGUUGGUUAGGUGAACGCCGUACAUUUCAGUCAAUUUUUCACACGUUUCUGUAGGGAUUUACACAGGAUUUGUUCGUGCACAAAUGUAGUAUUUUAUUGUGUUUAAAAUGCGAUCCAUCAUCACUAUAAAGAAAUAACAUGUACAAAGCUACUGUAAGCUGAUAAUCCGCUGUUUAGUAUCGUGAACGCUUUUCAGAUGUCAUCAGAUUUAUUGCACAGUACUUUCACACAAUUUUACGUAUUAUAUACCGUGAAUUUACAAGUUGGUAGUGAACUUUGUUUAAAGAUUGCCUGAAAGAGUUUUGAUUGUCCUAUUGUUUUUGUCCUAUUUUGUGGUUCCAGAAAAUAUCCACACCCUUCCCAGGGAAGACUCUUUUAUUUGCACCCCUGACCUCCCAGGAUUUUCCUUUCUAGGGGGUCUUUGAUGACUUUGAAAAUUUAAAAUUCGCAAUCGUACCUAUCAAAGCAGAUAUUCCCAAAGCAGUUGCUUUCUUGGUGUUUUUAGGAAUUGCAUUAUCAAUGAGAGAAUCAAUGUCUGCAUCUGACAAAUUGUCAAACUUUGAGUCAGCCAAAGGUAUUGUGUAAUGACAUUGGUGUGUUGAAUUUACACCACAGCUAUUACACCACAAUAAUGACAUCAAGGUGGUUGUUUCAUUACAACCCAGUAUCAUGUGACACAAAUCAGCCAAUCAGAAAACUGGAAUUCGUUCAGUAUAUGAAAGUUGAAUAAUAAAGCCAAUUUAACACCUAGUAGAGUCCUCUAGUAACCGUGAGUGCUAUUAGUUAAAGCAUUGUUUGUUUGUGUGUUAAUUUCUCCUCAGGUGCAGCAAAUUGACAGGGUUGUUGAGGUUGUGGAAGAAACAUUAAAAGGUGAAAGAAUUAUUUUUAAGCCUGGGCUGUACUCUUUCAGUGCCUGGUAGUCCAUGUGGAUUUCUUAAUAGCAUCAGUUUUUUUGGUAAAAAAAGCUUAUAAUGUCAUUUUGGAUUCCCUACCAAUUUUCAUAGGGCACAGCUUUGAAUUGAAAUUAAGCAACAAAUGCCACCAUCCCUCCAUUUUAAUGAACUUUAAUGUACCUUAAUUAUUUCCUGGCACUCUGAGUAAAGUUAUAACCUGAAAAAGCAGCGAACCUUUUGUGAUACCGCCUCUGACCUCUUCCCUGCAAGAUUACACUGUUCUCCUUAUCAGGGGGUAACUGGUAAAAUGUAGUUUAAUACUGAAGCAACACUUCUUGCCUCUUGCAAGGGCGGGAAGUUUACUAAAAUUAAAUAUUAAAGUAGUUUAAGAAAUACGCAAGUUCUGAUCCAAUCUGAUCAAGGCAAUGAAUGAAUAUAUGGAAAAGUAGUAAAGUACAAUGUACACUGUAUAAAAUACAGCUUUUCUUUUUAUGGGCCACACAUUUUGGAAAGAGAACAUUGAAGACAGAGGAAAAUUACUGGGAUCAAACAUUUUUAAUUGAUGUCUAAAGAUAACAAUGGCCAAUUUGCAUUAAAUAGGUCUUAAAAUGAGGGAAUGAAAUUUCAAAGGACUUAGCUGUCCCUAGGGUGGGGCCAUGUCCCUCACUCCACUACCCCCUGGUUCCCUAGGGAGGUUCUCUUCUUAGGCAUAUUUUUUGCCUUACUGGCCGUGAAUGGUCGCUUGCCUGCUGAACUAAAAUUUAGGGCAGACUCUGAGAUUAUAUCUGAGGAACGAUUGCAGAAAAUCCAUACUGGUGACAUGUCACUACCCAUAUCUCGGUAGUGCUUCUUUUUGGUUGUGGCAAAUAUCCCUCACAGCAUGGCCAAUCAGAAGCACUACUCACAUCUGAGUAGUGGUGCGUCAUCAGUAUGGAAUUCCUGCACUUGUUCUUCAGACUUCAUCUUGCAGGUAAACCAGUGGUGGUGUUUCAAAAAUUAUUGUUGUUGGCUACUUUCUCAGGCUAAUAAAAUUUGUAUCGUAGACGUAAUCUAACCCUAGUUAGUAACUUUUGUAGAGCAGUGCAUGUAGCCUUGUUCUGCACCAACCAAACCACCAAGCCCUCCCUUUCCCCCUCCCCCUUAGAGAAAUGAAUUACCAGAAAUGCGUUUUGAAGUUCCUUUCAACCUGAAUAGCAAAUUGACAAUGGCUUCUGAACAUGUAAAUAAUUAUGUUAUGUACUUAACUCCUGGUGCACAUGUGGGGGCUCCGAACAAGAAUUUUGCCAUUUUUUGCCGGACAGACUUAACCAGAGUUUAGUUUCAUCUGUGGCAUAUGCUUAGCAUAAUAAAGUAUUAAAUUGAGAACACGUCUAAGGCUUGUUUCAAGAGUUUGUCCUUUACAGUCUUAGCAUUUGCACAUCGAUACUAAAUAUGUGAUGGCUAAUUACAAUUAUAUAAUUUAUUUCAACAAUUCCGUUUAUUUACAGGUCAUACUGUCAGACUACUUGGUCAAAAGAAAAUUAGCGGAAAAAAGGUUGGGGGAGCACCUCUAGAUUUGCCCAAAAUCAGGAAAAAUCCCCUUAUAGAAAUAAUUGCUAUCAACACUGGGUAAGUAAGUACAUGUAUCAACAACUAGUGCUAAACAUAAAAUGUGUGCCACACAUUUUAUUUGUUAUAUAAUUUUAUUAUUUUUAUUGUAUUUUAUUUUUUUUACUCUUAUUACCACACUGUGGUAAUUAGAGUGACCAUCGACCGUUGCCAGUCAUAGUUCAAACAGGGUGAGAUAACUAGAUCUGGUGGCUUUUGGGAGCCAUGCAAGCAGAGCUUUGACUGUAUUUUAAUAAGAGAUUAAAGUAUUAUUUCUUUUCUUAAUACUGUACCAGAUCAAGAAGUUUAUUCAACAGAUCAAAAAUUAUUUGCCAUGGUCUAUACUCUUAUUCUUGACAACUGAACAGAAGUGAUGUUAAGAUGUUUAGAGCUCAAUUGGAGGCGAGUGGUUUCACUGCAAAGUUGUGAAAAUUUUGACUUCAUUUCUAUGGUCGGUAAGAGUGUAGACAAUAAAAUUGUUGUUGACUUGUUUUUUACAAUAACAUUGAUAGUUUUUGUUGUUUAUUUUAGUUGAAGUUUCUUGGAAAAUCGCCCAUUCGGUUUUGCGAGAUUGGUAAAAAAUAAAAAUAAUAAAAUAAAAUAUAAGACAACAACAAAAAAAUGCCCCAGCAUCAUUUCCAUGGUCUCUACUAUUAUGGGCCAUUGCUCUCAACCAGUUGACCAGCACACAAGAAAUAACUCAGUUAUUGUAAAAAAUAUCAGCUAUUGACAAACAAAUCUGACAUUAUGUAGGACCAAUAAGUCUGAAAGAGUCGGUCGUGAUAAUAUUAUUGGUGUGCGACAAAUGCAGACUACAGACUUGCAGACUGGAUGUUAAACAAGGUCAACAUUGUUGUUAAAUGCCCUAAAAGAUUCCCCAUCCCUAAACUUUAAGUCUUAUGAAAGUCUGGUUUAUGGAAAGGGAAUCUUUUAGAGCAUUUCACAACAAUGUUUACCUCGUUUACCUGCUAGUCUGCAGUCUGUGUUUGUCAUACACCGUAAUAUUAUUCUAUUUCAAUAUUUAGGUGUCUCAACCAGUGCACAUACUGUAAAACAAAACAUGCACGAGGAGACCUGGGAAGUUAUCCACCAGAAGAAAUAGUGGCCAGAGCUAGACAAGCAUUUCAGGGUAAGCGCUGUAUAAANCUGUUAGAGCAUUUCACAACAAUGUUUACCUCGUUUACCUGCUAGUCUGCAGUCUGUGUUUGUCAUACACCGUAAUAUUAUUCUAUUUCAAUAUUUAGGUGUCUCAACCAGUGCACAUACUGUAAAACAAAACAUGCACGAGGAGACCUGGGAAGUUAUCCACCAGAAGAAAUAGUGGCCAGAGCUAGACAAGCAUUUCAGGGUAAGCGCUGUAUAAAAUGGUUAAAAGAAUAAAACAGAAUGAAAUAAAAUCAAUGGAAAGUGUGACUUUACCAUUAUAUUCCCUCUCUGUUUUAUGGUCCUUUCAUAAUUAUUAUGUUUUCCUUGGGUAGAAUUUUUAUUCUUCCUUCUCUUGUAUUAUUUACAUGGUUUAUUUGUCAAUUGUUUUAACGCCCAUCAUUAUUAUUUCGAGAGGCACCAUAUAAAUCCUUAUUUAGGCUGGGUAUCAAAAACAUCUUUUGUUUUUGUUUUUUCCUAAAUACUGGUAGUUAAAGCUACAGUGCAGCUGUUUAUUAUUGUUUUUGUAAAGGCAGAAAUGGCCAAAGUUGUUGCAGUUUCAGGAUAAGAGUCCCAAUCUUUUGGGUACGUUUGAUGCACUUAACUAGAGUUAAGAGUAUUUCAUACGAUGUGGUUGAUUGAAAUGAACUGUAUUCAAUAGAGGGAGUUGUUGAAUUGUGGUUGACAAGCGAAGACACAGGAGCCUAUGGCAGAGACAUUGGAGUGACAUUACCUGAGUUGCUAUGGCAACUAGUCGAAGUGAUUCCUGAGGGUGGCAUGUUAAGAAUAGGAAUGACAAACCCACCAUACAUUCUGGAACACUUGGAGGUAAAGCAAUUGGUGUUGAUUAAAAGAGGUUAUUAAGGGCUGUCAAAGGCAAAUAGAAUAUUAGUCCACCACCGGAUGGACUGUUUUGGCUGUUUAUCGUUUACACGGACAAACCGGUUGGUUCACGGUUUGGAUAAAUGGUUAGAAAGAUUAAGGACUAGUAAAUUCCUUCGUGGAAUCGCGUUUAUCAUUUUCACAAAUCAGUUCCAUUUAAAAAUGGUCGACAAGGCCUGAGACUGGAAUUUAAGAUGGUUGUAAAGAAAUGAAACACGAAUUUCCGUUUGGCACAUUCCGUCCGGAAAAGCAGGACUGCCUUUUCAGAUGUUCCGUUGCUUCCGGAAAGUUCGCGCCGAAACGACUCAAAAAGUCGUGUUCCAUGUACUUUCCAACUAGAUUUUCCAGAAACUUUUUGUAUCAUGGUAAACAACCUUACAGUCCUCUUUAUCCCCGUAACAUCAUCGAGACCGAAUGCUUGCUUUAAUAGAGCAGUAAGUACUGGGGAGGCUGGCGUCAGGGUUUUAGCAGUGGGAGGAGAAAGAGAGGUUUUCGUAGUCGUCGUGGUAUGUGAAGGUUGAGUGUGUGGUAGCACUAGUAGAAUGUGAUAGAUCCAUAAUCUUUCUGCCUACUAUUCUCUUACUGCCGCCAUCCUUGAAGCAUCUCUCACCGUGAACGUUUGACUACCCAUAAAUUUUGUUCUAUUAUAUCGCUAAGAGUCGGUGGAUAAGUAGUUAAAUUAUUAACAUAGGCGGUAAAGUAUUUUCUGACUUAAGCAGAAUCUUAUUCACUUUUUUGUAUCUUUGUAUUUAUUCCCUAUAGGAAAUGGCUAAGAUCCUUAGUCACCCUCGAGUGUACAGUUUUUUGCAUGUUCCUGUCCAGAGCGCAUCAGACAAUGUGCUCGCAGAUAUGAAAAGAGAAUACUCUGUUGACGACUUCAUGCAUGUUGUUGACUUUCUUAAGGAGAGGUGAGAGUCAGCUUUUGUUACUAGUUUAUACCUUGCCAACACAGCCUUUCCAGUGAUGACAACUCUCCCAGAUAAUCCGGGAGACUGUUCUCCCGGUCUUCAGUUUAGAGUCUGAAAUCUCCCGGAUAAUCGCCGAAGUCUGCUAUUUCUUGUAGAUUCGACUUUUUGACAAAAAAAUUUCAAAUAUUUGCUUCUUUGAGCUAUUUUACUGUUAACAUCGAACGUUUCCUCACAAACUCCGGUAUGCCAUUGUAAUAUAGGCAAUAAUGUGAUUGGUGGGAAGUAAGCCAAUCAGGUCAACGCUACAAUUCCAACAACAUCUUUUUCGCGCUUUUUUUUUUCACAAAUGACGUCAUGUGCCGUGCGUUAUGAUGUCACCCUUCCCUAUCAAUUCUCAGUAUUUGAAGAUGUGGGGGUUGAUAGCCCUGCCUUUCUUUCGUUUGCUCGAUUUUGGCGUUCUCGAGAAAGACUCUGCAUGAAUAGUGCCUUUCUCGGCUUUUUUGAUAUUUUGACUGGGAGUAGUCUGCGCCGCAGGCACUCUGAACCUUCUCGAUGCGUGAGCCGGCUGCAAACGUAGGCUAACUGGGAGCAGUUAGCGAAAAUUCGUCAAUACGGCUGACAAGAACACUUUUUAAAAAAAAAUUAGUAAAAAUGCCAAGCUAACAAAAUUAGCACGUAGUUUUAUUUCCUAACUGUUUCCUUGUUUACAUGAGGUAAUUCCUCAAUUCCAGCCACGUUUGUCCCACUUUCGAGAAGAUAUAAUUUAUGCGUUAUUGCACGGGACCUGCGGAAUCGUGCAAGAUUUGAACGGUAAACAGUGCUGCAAUCGUAACAGAAUUUGCACGGUUCCGUGUAAACGGGUUGAACAGGUAAGAAGUUCGUCCCUUCAAAAAUUUGUCCGGACCCUUUUAAACGGGUGUCUUACACUCCCUAGUGACAGAGUAAAACUGACAUUAAUAUGGGGUACAGUGCAAGCACUGUUUUAUUACUCUUGGCCGUGCUGGUUAACCCUUUCACUGCUGAAGGUGACCAAAGGCAAAUUCGACAAAAAUCCCAAACUUCGUCGUGUAAAAAUUUUUAAAACAAGUAACACUUCAUGAAAGUACUUUCAAAGAGAUUUCAUUUGAACGGUCGCACCAUAGGAUUUUGUCCACAGACGUAAAGUUAGAACCACCUCACAGACUCCAUCAUCCACUCUGGCAGUGAAAAGAUUAAUGUUAUUCUACAACCUUCCUAAUGCCUUGCAUGGAAUCAAAUGCAUAAGGUUAACGUUCAAUUCCUUUUGAUUAACUUCUUUUAAGGGUACCUGGCGUCACCAUAGCAACAGACAUAAUCUGCGGCUUCCCCACAGAAACAUGGGAAGAUUUUCAGGAAACUGUAGCAUUGGUUGAACGGUACAAGUUUCCCAGUUUAUUUAUCAAUCAGUUUUAUCCACGUCCAGGAACUCCAGCAGCACGAAUGAAAAGACUCCCGACUGAAGAGGUAAUUUAUAUGGAAGGCGUUCUUCUACUGUCAAACACAUCACUAACACAGGCUUUUGUCACGAGAUGCUGGAAUUCUAACUUGCAUUUUUCCACAGAGGCAGGAUAACAGUUUGCCAUGCUGUUGUGAAAUGAUCGGCGCGUGUUGAACCGAGGAUGAAAGGGGAGAUUGAGUGGAUUUGACGAAGAUGGAUUGUUCAUCUGUUGUAAAGGGGCACAAAAUAAUUCAAUCCCUUGUUUUUUACCCACAUCUAACUUGGUCGAACAUUGUCCAAAUAUCCGACAGUAUUGAUUGGUAUUUCAUCAGCGUGUUAGGGUGGUUUGACACGUCAUGCUACUUCCGUUCUAAGCUGCCUCGACUUCAGCAUGACUGUAGCAGGACUUGGUUUCAGACGUUGAAUUUAACUCAGUCGAAUCAAAUAGCUGUUGCGGAAAACAGAACUAAGAAAUAAGAAAGCGGUCUUUGGAACUUUAAAAAAUGCAUUGUAAUGUAUUUAUAAUUUAUGAAUUGAGUUCGGCGCGGCGAUAACACGACGUUUGAAACCAAAUCGUGCCACUGCCGUGUAGCACGGCAAAGCUUUCCACGCAACAAGGCAGUGGCACGACUUAGUUUCAAACAACGUGCUACUGCCGUGCUUAAGUCGAAUAGACCACUUUCUUUAUAUUAAAUUCAUCCUUGGCUACAAGACUAGGGGGGAUAAAACAAAAGAAAUGUGUUAUUUAUUCCUGCGCCUCAAGACGAUUUUGUUUGUUUUAACCGUCAAGCCUCGUAGGCAAGUAUGAGUUUCAAUCAAUUGAGUUUGGUAGGGCAGUAGUGCGAGGCUGGAAUCAGGCCCUGGAUCCAUUUAUUGCGUUUGCUUGUUUACAGUUUAUUAGCCAUUCAUUUAUUGAGCUAUCGUGGUGAAUUUUUUUGGUUGGUUUAAACUAAAGGUGAAGAGACGAACAAGAGCAGUUUCCAAAGUAUUUCAUGGAUACCACCCAUACGACCACAAGGUAUACUUCCAUUUAGAUAAUUUUUUUAUUAUAAUCACCGUAUUUCGAAAAGUAACAGAACUUGGAAUUUGAUAUCAACUCAACCUGCUCGGCUAAUGUUACUAAAGCUGAGCUUUUACUUUCAAUACAUCAUCGUUUUCUACUAAAUUUGUUUUUCCUUAGUCUUUAUUUCCUUAUUAAAAUUUGCCCCAUGUAAGAGAAUCCUGGACAGCCUUGGAUUCUAGAUUCCACUCUGUGGAUUCCGGAUUGUGUGGCAGAAAAGAGGAGUGUAUUCAGUGUUAGGGAAGCACUGUUCGUGAGCUUUUCAUUUAACCCUUUCACUGCCAAAUGUGGCCAAAGGAAUAUUUCGACCAAGUUUGCAAAUUUCAAUUUGUAAAAUUUUGAAAAACAAAUAGCACCAUAUGACAGUAGAGGCAGAGCGCUUUCAUUUGAAUGGUCACAUCAUAGGAUUUCGUCCACAGAUUCAAAAGUUAGAGUCAUCUUACAAAACUAAACCAGCACGCCUAAAUAUAUACCCCUACUAAUGACCCACAUACCAGCGCACACGCCUAAACAAACAUAAGAUACCGAUGAGAGCAUAUUUUCCUGCUAAUUACCAAGUCAAACGCAGGAAAAUACUAUUUCCGUUUGGAACAUUCCGUCCGUAAAAGCAGGACUUCCUUUUCGGACGUUCCGUUGCUCCCGAAAAGUUCGCGCUGAAACGACCCAAAAAGUCGUGUUGCAUGUAUUUUCCAACUAGAUUUUCCAUAAAAUUUUUGGAUCAUGGUAAACAACCUUACAGUCCUCUAUAUAUCCCCGUAACAUCAUCAAGAUCGAGUACUUGCUUUAAUACAGCACCCUUUACUAAGAACGGUACUGAGGAGGCUGGCAUCAGGGUUUUAGCAGUGGGAGGAGAAACAAAAGUUUUCGUAGUCGUCGUGGCAGGUUGCAGGUUGUAGGUGAUAGAUCGAUAAUCAUUUUGCCUACUCUUCUCUUACUGCCGCCAUCCUUGAAGCAUCUCUCACCGUGAACGUUUGACUACCCAUAAAUUUUGUUCUAUUAUAUCGCAAAGAGUCGCUGGAUGAGUAGUUAAAUUAUUAAUAUAGACAAUAAAGCAUUUUCUGACUUAAUGUAUUUAUUCCCUGUAGGAAAUGGCUAAGAUCCUUAGUCACCCUCGAGUGUACAGUUUUUUGCAUGUUCCUGUCCAAAGCGCAUCAGACAAUGUGCUCGCAGAUAUGAAAAGAGAAUACUCUGUUGACGACUUCAUGCAUGUUGUUGACUUUCUUAAGGAGAGGUGAGAGUCAGUUUUUGUUACUAGUUUACACCUUGCCAGUACAGCCUUUCCAGUGCUGACAAUUCUCCGAGAUAAUCCGGGAGACUGUUCUCCCGGUCGUCAGAUUAGAGUCUAAAAUCUUCCGGAUAAUCGCCGAAGUUUGCCAUUUCUCUUUCUGACAAUGAAAUUUCAAAUAUUUGUGUUGUUUGAGCUAUUUUACCGCUAACAUCGAACGUUUCCUCACAAACUCCGGUAUGCCAUUGUAAUAUAGGCAAUAGUGUGAUUAGUGGGAAGUAAGCCGAUCAGGUCAACGCUACAAUUCCAACAACAUCUUUUUCGCGCUUUUUUUCACAAAUGACGUCAUGUGCCGUGCAUUAUGAUGUCAUCUAUCAACCCUUCCCUAUCAAUUCUCGAUUUUGGCGUUCUCGAGAAGACUCUGCAUGAAUAGUCCCUUUCUCAGCUUUUUUGAUCUUUUGACUGGGAGUAGUCUGCGUCGCAGACACUCUGAACCUUCUCGAUGCGUGAGCCGGCUGCAAGCGCAGGCCUAAGUGGGAGCAGUUAGCGAAAAUUCGUUAACACGGCUGACAAGAACGCGUUUUUAAUAAAAUUAGUGAAAAUGCCAAGCUAACAAAAUUAGCACGUACUUUUAUUUCCCAACUGUUUCCUUGUUUACAUGAGGUAAUUCCUCAAUUCCAGCCACGUUCAUUUCACUUUCCGACAAAGAUAUAAUUUAUGCGUUAUUGCACGGGAUCUGCGGAACCGUGCACGGUUCUGUGUAAACGGGUUGAACAGGUAAGAAGUUCGUCCCUCCAAAAAUUUGUCCGGACCGUUGUAAACGAAUAUCUUACACUCCCUAGUGACAGAGUAAAACUGACAUUAAUACAGGGUACAGUGCAAGCGCAGUUUUAUUACUCUUGGUUGUGCUGGUUAAUGUUAUUCUACAACCUUCCUAAUGCUUCGCAUGGGAUCAAAUGCGUAAGGUUAACGUUCAAUUCCUUUUGAUUAACUUCUUUUAAGGGUACCUGGCGUCACCAUAGCAACAGACAUAAUCUGCGGCUUCCCUACAGAAACAUGGGAAGAUUUUCAGGAAACUGUAGCGUUGGUUGAACGAUACAAGUUUCCCAGUUUAUUUAUCAAUCAGUUUUAUCCACGCCCAGGAACUCCAGCAGCACGAAUGAAAAGACUCCCGACUGAAGAGGUAAUUGAUAUCGAAGGCGUUAUUCUACUUUCAAACAUAUCACUCACACAGGCUUGUGUCACGAGAUGCUGGAAUUCUAAGGGGCAGAACAAUAGUUCGCCAUGCUGUUGUGAAAUGAUCGGCGCGUGUUGAACCGAGGAUGAAAGGGAAGAUUGAGUGGAUUUGACGAAGAUCGAUGGUUCAUCUGUUGCAAAGGGGCACAAAAUAAUUCAAUCCUUUGUUUUUUACCCACAUCUAACUUGGUCGAACAUUGUCCAAAUAUCCGAUAGUGUUGAUUGGAAUUUCAUCAGCGUGUUGGAGUGGUUUGACACGUCAUGCUACUUCCGUUCUAAGCCGCCUCGACUUCAGCAUGACUGUAGCAGGACUUGGUUUAGACGUUGAAUUUAACUCAGUCGAAUCCAAUAGCUGUUGCCGGAAACAGCACUAAAAAAUAAGAAAGCGGUUUUUGGAACUUUAAAAAAUGCAUUGUAAUGUAUUUAUAAUUUAUGAAUUGAGUUCGGCACGGCGAUAACACGACGUUUGAAAUCAAAUCGUGCCACUGCCGUGUAGCACGGCAAAGCUUUCCACGCAACAAGGCAGUGGCACGACUUAGUUUCAAACAAGGUGCUACUGCCGUGCUUAAGUCGAAUAGACCACUUUCUUUAUAUUAAAAUUCAUCCUUGGCUACAAGACUAGGGGGGAUAAAACAAAAGAAAUGUGUUAUUUAUUGCUGCGCCUCAAGACGAUUUUGUUCGUUUUAACCGUCAAGCCUGGUAGCUAAGUAUGAGUUUCAAUCAAUUGAGUUUGGUAGGGCAGUAAUGCGAGGCUGGAAUCAGGCCCUAGAUCCAUUUAUUGCGUUUGCUUGUGUACAGUUUAUUAGCCAUUCAUUUAUUGAGCUAUCGUGGUGAUUUUUUUUUUGUUUUGUUUAAACUAAAGGUGAAGAGACGAACAAGAGAAGUUUCCAAAGUAUUUCAUGGAUACCACCCAUACGAUCACAAGGUAUACUUCCAUUUCGAUAGUUCCUUUAUCAUAAUCGCCGUUUUUGUAGCCUGAAUUUCAUCCGAUUACUUCGAGUCGUUAUUACUCCCUCAGUAACGUCUGAAUCGACCGGCCGUUUAUGCCGUCCAGUGACGUCACUACUCCUUGACCUUAGCUUUAAUUCAUCCAAAAAGCAAAACACGAUUUUCAAGUGGCAAACCGAGAAAUAUCGUUUGGAAAUGUCUGCAAGAUACAGAACUGCUUUAUUUUUUUUCGAUUGUAGUUCAUGUUUAACGUUCAAACUAUCAACUGCAUGCAGUACAACUGACUGAAACUAAAUUCCAUAAUCAAACUCGGUCGCAAUCACGCAAUGAAAUAAAAACACACACGGAACACUUAGUUCAAAAACAAAAUGAUUUGCUUUAAUUGAAAAGAAGCUAUUUGGUCCUUAACGAAGAAAAAAACAAGGAGAAAAGAAAGAAAAGCUAACAGAAUCAUCACACUUGACGGUAAAAAUAGCAAGAAGGUCGAAUUAUAACAUUGACCUUAGAAAACUUCGCGUAAACAAAAUCACCGGCCGCCGAAACCACAAAGCGGCUCUGAAUGAAAACUCACCUACCGACUCUCCGCGAUGAUUCUUCAUUUGCAGUUCAAUUUAACAUUUCAGUUUCGAAGACAAGGGCAAUUUUGCUGUUUAAGAUAAAGAUUAAGCUCAUAGAAAUGUUUGAACUAACCGAAAGAAUGCCGGGGAUGCGAUCCGCUGAAUAUGAAAUGACAAUCCCGCUAAAAUUUUUCAUAAUUAUACAUAAUUAGGGGUGGACCAUUUGAUUUUUGAUGGGGGGGUUGCAGGAUUUUUAGACUGCUAGAUAUUUUUUUUUAUUGCUCCAGCCCUGCAGGAUUUUUUUUUUAAUCUCCCUGUCCUUGCAUGAUAUUUUUUUUAAUGGAAAUUUAAAACACAAAUUUUGAAGUUUAAUAUCAAAAACUUGACCAUCACCAGCCACUCAAAAUUCAUCCUUUAGGCUAUUAAAAACCACCUUUACACGCAAUGCAGUUUUAAGUUACAUCUUUCUUUCAAAGUAAUAAAGAGUUUCAUCUUUAUUCAGUGUACAAAGAAAUGCAUCUCCCCUAACCUGCGGCUAGUUGAUUUCCCUGUCAGGCUAGUGGAUGUUAUAUGCAUCACUCUCUGUACUUGCCCAACAGAUCACUUGCCCCCUGAACAAGUGAACGUUUUUUUUCUUUCUAAUUACGUAAUGCUACUGAGAAAAGCUUUCAAACUUGCGUGUAAUGGUUCCAACUUGUCCAAAGGGCGAGCUGGAAAUUCCAUCUUAUUUGAAUCCUGUUUUUUGCUUUCAAAGCAAGAGAGAGGGACUUCAAAGAAGGGGAAAUUGCACAGUAAUCUGGCUUCUCAAUAUACGCAUUUAGUAUUUGGAGUUAUCUAGAGAUUAAAAAAAAAGGAGGGUUCAAGAAACGGGGACCUCACUGUAGAUUUUACCAGUUUAGACGAAUUUCGAGUGGACGUAGAAGCAGCUGGAGGGGAUAUAACCUGCAGGUGUUGACAAUGGUCCUUUUUGAAGGCCGGUACCAGGACAGUUCCGUUCCCACGGCCCAAUUAAUUUAUGUGCUACAGACUGUUUACUAUUAUUUUCUUGGCUUGAAAACAGGCAAUGAACACAAAAGUAAUAGAACUCUGCAAAAACACGAAUGACCCAGAGGGAAAAAAUGCUCUUCGAUCUAUUUGAUCGUCUUUUGUCUAGUGCACAUAUCCAGCGCAUCCGUUUCACAUUCUUUGUAUAUAUUGAACCCUGCACCAAUUCAAUGUUGCCUGCCUUUACUCUUGUUUGUCCCAUUUCCUUUUCUAUAAAGUAAAUCUUAUUUUGUUACAAAAAUACCUGCACGUGACAACUGUUAGCAACUUAGGGUGGGAAUCUGAAUACAUGAAUAUCUUUGAAUCAUAAUAUCCUUCUAGAUCAGAGGGUUCACUUUAAUAGGAAAUCUAAUUGGUAAAUCAUGCGUCGCGCUUGCAAAAUACUAAUUCACGCAUCAAAAAAUGUGAUGCCCAGUCCUGUAUCAUGUGACGCACAGCUACUUUUGGGGCCGUCACGCAUCACGCAAAAUCCUUUGCCACGCCCAGGUUAAAGCUGCUCGAUUUUUUUUUCCUUCUUAAGAAUUCUGCAAGAAAUUUUUUUUUUAACCAGAAACAUAUGCUCGAUAUUUUUUUUCGGAUUUGCACAACCCCCCCAUCAAAAAUCAAAUGGUCCACCCCUUAUGCGAAUGUUUAGACAAUCAACCAAUCAAAAUCACUACCCGGUUUUCGGGUAGUGAGUGACGUCACUGGACGGCAUUAACGGCUGGUCGAUUCAGACGUUGUUGAGAGGAGAAAACGACUCGAAGCAAUCGGAUGAAUUUCAGGCGACGUUUUUUGAAAACUAACAGAACGUGGAUUUUGAUAUCAACUCAACCUGCUUGGCUAACAUUACUAAAGCUGAGCUUUUACUUUCAAUACAUUAUCGUUUCCUACUAAAUUUGUUUUUCCUUAGUCUUUAUUUCCUUAUUAAAAUUUGUCCCAUGUAAGAGAAUCCUGGACAGCCUUGGAUUCUAGAUUCCACUCUGUGGAUUCCGGAUUGUGUGGCAGAAGAGAGGAGUGUAUUCAGUGUUAAAGAAGCACUGUUCGUGAGCUUUUCAUCUAACCCUUUCACUGCCAAAUGUGGCCAAAGGAAUAUUUCGACCAAGUUUGCAAAUUUCAUUGUGUAAAAUUUUGAAAAACAAAUAGCACCAUAUGACAGUAGAGGCAGAGCGCUUUCAUUUGAAUGGUCACAUCAUAGGAUUUCGUCCACAGAUUCAAAAGUUAGAGUCAUCUUACAAAACCCCACCCAGCACUCUGGCAUUGAAAGGGUUAACGGUAACACUUCCAAGAUUUCGUCCGCAUGAUGGAAAGUUAGAACCUCCGUUUGCUGCGUAAUAAACAGGGUCAUAGGAAAGUGCUUAUUUUCUCGUUUAAGAUAUGGUUUUGUUUGCAUCCUUUUAAAGGUUGGUGAACACCAAACAGUUCUUAUAACCGAGGAUUCAAAAGAUGGAGCUCAUUUUGUGGGUCAUAACAAGUUUUAUGAUCAGGUAAGUGAUUGGAAUCAGUGUGCAUCUGUCCUUCCUUCCUUUCUCUUGUUCUUCAAUUUAAAAUUUGUAGACUGAAAGACAGCCAUAUUCUUGCGAUGGUAAACAAUGCAAGCCCCCUCAAACGAAAGGUCUGGCGCCACUGUGAGACCGAGAGUGGGACUUGGGAGAAUCAUGCGCCCUACGGUGCGUGUAAGUUUGUCGAGAAUCCACGCAAACGGUGCUUUGGAGCAGGGGUUUUGAUUAGCAAACUGACUAUUUAGAAGUGUAAACCUAUUCAAUUAUACCUAAAGAAUUUUACGCAUAUUGUCAAGAGGCUGAUUUACCCUGCAUAUCGUAAAUGAACGCUGUAAAAAGUGCUGUCCAGUAACUUCGAUAUGAAUAGUCGCAUUCAGAUUUUACUCAUAAGAGUACGAAUUUCGUCACCAGGAGUCAGAGUUGAAAAUCGAUAAAUUUCAAGGGACUAUGUUGUGAGGUCUUGCUGUGUUAAGUCAGUUAAAGUCAUUACUCAGUGCCUUCACCCAUAAACAAAAUGCUUUUUAGAGUUGUGAAGAUUUUAUCUGGAGCACUAACCGUAACAACGUUUUUGGUGAAGGUGUUUGCUGGUAUGGCAUUAAAACAAGUUCCAAUCGGCUCUGUCCAUCCUUGUGAUACGUGGCAAUAAAAACGACAAGAAUCGGUUUCAAUGCCCAAAUAUAGUCGUAAAUAACAAAACUAUUCGCAACAUUGUUAUAUAUUCAUACUUGUCACCCGUAGCAACAGACGACAAGAAAUUGUUUCAAUGCCUAAAUAUCGCCUUAAGUAACAAAACUGGGCAAUUAUUUUUGGAUUCCAAUUCAGACCCCUUUUAGCUUUUAAAAAAGAAGCUAGCAAAUAGCUUUUAUUUAAUUCUUGGUUUUCCUCCUGGUACCCAAGUUUUACUCGGUCAAAACUUGUGGGGACGGAGUGGUUUGGUUAUGGAGAAUGGAUAGAAAGACCAGUCUUUCUAUUAUCCAUGGUUUAAUCAAAGUCUUGCCGAGACAAAGUGAACAUUGGAGUUUUAGGGACAUGUCAAGUUAAAGCCCCCUUUUAAGUCGUUCCAUCGGAUUUAAAGUUUCUGUUUAAUAAUUUUCUCCUAGGGGUGCAAGAUGCUACACAGGAAUCCCAAGCCCAUACCGUAGUGAACUAUAAGCAAAAGGGGUUAGCAAAUCAGUUUCUUCAUUAGCUUAUAUUAACUCAAUAUUGUCACAAAGAUAUCAAGUUCACUGUUGAUUUUGAAGAAAAAAAUGCAAUCCCUUUCCUACAUAUUCUUAUCAAACGCCACAAUCAUACCUUUUCAACAUCAAUUUACUGCGGAAAAAAGACACUUCAGUGACACUUGCAACUUGUCUUUACACUAAAUAGGACUUGUUCACUCCUCGGAAAUACAAGACAAAUCUCGUUUGUAAGCUCACUUUUCUUUGUUUCCGCAUUUGCUUGUCACCUUCCUUGUUGCGUUUCUGUUUGGAUGAACUCAGAAGAAACUGUUGUUACAAAAAGGUUACCUCAUUUUGGUGUUGUCAAUUACAGCAUCAGCGAUGUCCUAAACAGCCAACAAAACGGACCUAAGGUCCCUACCACUACAGUCCCAAAAAAAGAAAUCUUUGUUUUAUCUUAUCUAUGAUUACAAAGCAUACGAAUCACCAAGCAACUAAAGGAAAGGCUUGCAUUAAUAAAUUUCAUGGAUUCAUUGAUCUCAGAGUUAUUUUUCAAAGCGUCAAUCGUUGUCAAAUUUCAAAGGUUGUUUAUUAGCGGUAUAAGGUCAGUAGUUGGGACUGUCAGGAAUUCUACGUAGGUAAAACAAAACGUAGACUUCAUGAUAGGAAAACGAAACAUUUCAAAGCGAUUUUUUAAUACGAGAGGUUGUCCAUCUGCAUGCUACUGCAAACCAUGUCACGUCCACUUGUCAUAGCCUUUAUAAAAUGGGACCACUUUGACAUAUUGGCUAAAGGACGGUCAGAUAUUUAUUGUAGAGUUAAAGAGACAUUUCUAAUUAGGGAUUUAAAACCUUCCCUUAAUGAAAAUGUUAGUAGCGAAAGCUCCAUCUUUAUUAGUUUUUAGUUUGCUUGUCUAUUUUACAUGCAAAUUUUCCCGCCAUGUGUCACUAUUUUUGUUUCUUUCGCAUUUUUUAAAAUUAUGGUGACCUAUCUUACGUUUGAAUAUUUUUGUUACCUCUAUCACAGCAGUUUGUAUUUCUUAUUAAGCUACGAUGGCCAUAGAAAAGAGUAUUUACAAUUAGUUUAGGUUUUAUAUAGCCAACUAUUUCAACUUUCAUUAGUUUCUCUAAUGAAUUGCUGAAAAAUAACGAGAUGAGAUCCCAAAACAAGCCGGAAUCGUUCCAAAAGGACACAAAAAGACAAGACAUAGCACCAGUAGGCAGUAGUCUCCUUAUCAGGCGGUAACCAGUAAAAUUUACCGGCCGAAGCAACACUUCUUACCCCUUGCAAGCGCUUGAAGGUUUACUAAAAUUAAAUGAAUAGUUAAAAAAAAAAAUACGCAAGUGGUGAUCCGAUCUGAUCAAGGCAAUGAAAGAAUACAUGGAAAAGUAGCAAAGUACACUGUAUAUACGGCUUUUCUUUUGAUGGGCCACGCAUUUUGAAACAGAGCAUUGAAGAUAGAGGAAAAUUAUCGGCAGGGAUCAAACAUUUUAAAUUGUUGUCUAAAGAUAACAAUGGCCGAUUUGCGUGAAAAAGGUCUUAAAAUGAGGGAAUGAAAUUUCAAAGAACUUAACUCUUCCUAGGGUGGGGCUAUGUCCCUCACUCCACUGAAUAUAGAGUCUUCAACUCUUAAACGAACAAAGGACAUAAUUAUAUUUUAUUAUGCUUGUAUUAAUGCAUUAUAGAAUGUUGGCUUUUGAUUGGUUCAGAAUCACUUGUGGUAAUGAUUGGCAGCCGAUGCAGAUGGCAACAUCUCUUGCCCGUUCUCGCCUUCACCAUCUGAUCGCCCGGCUUCACGGGUUAAGUAUCUGUUGUUUAAGGGAAUGAUUAGGUUCUUUUUAGAGCAAAUCAUGUCCCCAAUAUGUUUGCGAAAUUUGCUGCUCUGUAGACUGUACACAGCGGGAUUGAUACUUGAAUUAAACACCACCAAUGCUGAAGCAAUAACCUGAUGAAUAGCCUGUAAUGAAAUUGCGCCAGUGAAACCUAGGAAAUAGAUCAACAGCUCAGGCACCCAACACAUCACAUACACGACUGUCACAAAAAUCACUAUCUUAGUAACGCGGUUGCGGUAGCGAAGUAAGGCUCGUUGACUUGAUUCUGCGUUAGCGCUUUUUACAAACCAAAGGCGGUAGACUACUUUAGAGUACAGGCCACCCAUGAUAGUAAUAGGGAUGACACCUGCCACCACAGACCACCCAACAGUGUAUAGUUUGGCGUAAAUUGGUUUGGAAAAGCUAUGUGCACAUCCCUUUAUUUCUUUGAUGUAAGUAGUUGCCCAGAAUCCUGGAAUGACCCAUAUGAUAGAGACGAUCCAUGAGAGGAGGGCAAGUAUAACAAUCUUUUUCUUUGUAUGUUUGAUCUUCUGGCUGUAGGGAUGUACGACGGCCCAGUAGCGUUCUAUCGCUAUUGCAACAAGGGAAAACACAGAGGCGACUGCACCCACCCAUCCAGGGUUGCCACUUGUAAUUAUUUUACAUAGCACUGACCCUAAAGUCCCUUGGGGGUGGGUGAAGGUUGGAGUUGCUAUAGAUUUUAAACCGAUGAAUACUGCGACCACCAUAUCAGCACUUGCAAGAUUCACAAGCAGAUAAUUAGUGGGUGUCCUAUUGGAUCUGUUGAGUGUAACCACAAGGAUGACUAAGGUGUUACCAACCAGGUUACAUAUGACCAUUAAAGCAAAAAGUAUUGUAAAACCAACGUACGUCCACGACAACAUGGCUAACUGCCUGUAAGAAAGGAGAAAAGCAUCUAAGUCAGGUCGAUAGCGAGGAUAAGAACAACAAGACUGAUCCAUAAGUUGGUUCAAUACCUCAAAAGUUCUUCAUUUUUGUUUUUGCAUAACAUGUGUCGAAAACUGAUAUAUUAUAAACUUACUAGUCUUAUAUCUUGUGCUUUGGUCUUUUUGGAACAGUUCAGGCUCGUUUUGGGAUCCCUUCUCGUUAUCCUUCACCGAUUCAUUAAAGGAACUAAUGAAAGUUGAAACAGUUUGCUAUAUAAAACCUAAACUAAUUGUAAAUACUCUUGUUCUUUGGCCAUCGUAGCUUAUUAACAAAUACAGGUGGAUAUAACACGCAAAUUGUUGUGAUAAAAUAGAGUUAAUAUCAAUAUUCAAACGUAAGAUAGGUAAAUAAUUAAAAAAAAUAAUGCGAAAGAAACAAAAAUAGUGACACAUGGCGGGAAAAUUUGCAUGUAGAUUAGACAAGCAAACUAAAAACUAAUAAAGAUAGAGCUUUCGCUACUAACAUUUUCAUAAAGGGUAGGUUUUAAAUCCCUAAUUAGCAGUGUUUCUUUACUAUACAAUGAAUAUCUGACCGCCCUUUAACCAAUAUGUCAAAGUGGUCCCAUUUUAGAUGACCAGUGGACGUGACUUGGACUGCAGUAGCAGAUGGACAGCUACUCGUAUUAAAAAAUCGCUUUAAAAAGUUCGGUCGUCCUAUCAUGAAAUCUGCCGACGGUUUUGUAGUUUUACCUAUUUAGACUGUUCCUGACAGUCCCAAAACUGACCUUAUACCUCUAAUAAACAACCUUCAAAAUUUGAGAACGAUUGACGCUUUGGAAAAUAACCCUAAGAUCAAUGAAUCCAUAGAAUUUAUUAAUGCAAGCCUUUAGUUACUUGGUGAUUCUUUUGCUCUGUAAUCACAAAUAAGAUAGAACGACGAAGAUUUCUUUUGGCGGGACUGUGGUGGUAGGGUGCUUAGGUCCGUUUAGUUGGCUGUUUUGGACAUCAUUAAUGCUGUAAUUGACAACACCAUUGAGGUAACCUUUUUGUAACAACAGUUUCCUCUGAGUUCAUCCAAACAGAAACGCAGCAAAGAAAGUGACGAGCAGAUGCGGAAACAACGAAAAGUUAGCUUACGAACGAGAUUUAUCUUGUAUUUCCGAGGAGUGAACAAGAACUAUUUAGUGUAAAGGCAAGUUGAAAGUAUCACUGAAGUGUCGUCUUUCUCAGGUGAAUUGAUGUUGAAAAAGUAUGGUUGUGGCGUUUGAUAAGAAAAUGUAGGAAAGAGAUAAUCAUUGCAUUUUCCUCUUCAAAAUCAACAGUGAAUUUGAUAUUUUUGUGACAAUAUUGAGGUAAUAUAAGCUAAUGAAGAAACUGAUUUGCUACCCCCUUUUGCUAAUCGUUGGUUACGCUAUGGGCUUGGGAUUCCUGUGCAGCAUGUUGCCAUUAUUAAAUAGAAACUUCAAAUCCGAUGUCAAAUUGACCUAAAAGGAGGCUUUAACAUGUCCCUAAAACUACACUGUUCACUUUUUCUCGGCAAGACUCUGAUUAAACCAUGGAUAAUAGGCCCGGGGGGGGGGGGUACUCCCGCGAAUUUUGGAUAGGGGUGUGCCGCGAAGGUUCGUGAACCCUAACCCUAUUUAGGGACUAAGAAAGCGAAAACUGAUACCCUUUUAAAGGCCCAAAGCCGAAAAAUGACACCCUAUUCAAGGAAAAAACAAAAUUAUUAAUAGCAUGAAAAGGAAAACUCGUUUAGGCGGGCGUUUUCACACUCCAGUAUUAGAUAAUACAAUUAAGCUGCCCUAUCUAAGGACCACACCAGGGACACAGAAACAAAAGGGUCAAAAAAGAUACCCUAUUUAAGAACCGAGAACCUCAAAAACCAUACCCUAUUCCGCGGCACGUACCUAUAUAGCCCAUAUAUGGGAGUACCCCCCCCCCCGGGAUAAUAGGAAGACUGGUCUUUCUAUCUAUUCACCAAAAUUACUCCAUCGCCACAAGUUUUGACAGAGUAAAGCUUGGUUACCAGGAGGAAAAACCAAAAUGGCGCCUUAAAGGAGCUGUUGUCACGGUUACUACGGAUGCUCGGAUUUUACGCAUUGUGGUGUAAAGACCUGCACGGCGAAGGCCAUUAUUCAACAAAAACAAAUUUUAAAAUUAAACCACGGUAAACCGAUCCUUACGGCAGCAGGAGUGGUUGGAAAAAAAAAAGAAAGGAAACAAAAAUAAAAUGGUGAACUAUAUUUGCCCGAUAUUUCGGUCUGCAAUACAAACCUUCAAUCCCGUUUAAACCUCUUGAAGGUUUGGGUUGCAAACCGAAAUUUCGGGCAAAUAUAUUCACCAUUUUAGUUUUGUUUUCUUUCUUUUUUUUCCUGCCUUAAGGAUCAGUUUCCUUUUUUAUUUUGAUAAUUGAAGAUUUUACUGAUCCAGGUCUACUAAAGAUCCUGCUGACCCUCACUAGUUUGUCGUUGUGGUCUUGCCUUCACAAGUGUUUCUGAUAUAAAUCAACAUAAGCUGGUUAUGGCGUGACAAAAUUAGCCCCAUUUUAGCAGGAUUGAAUUAACGCUGCCAUAGUUUUUCAGUUUCUCGUUUCCUUGAUCUUAUCUUUAGGUCCUUAUUCAUAAAAGUGAAGGUGAUCUCAUGGGCAAAAUGGUACAAGUGGAAAUUACUUCUGCGGGAGAACACUUUCAAAUGGCGCGAGUACUACAUGAAACAGAGGCACGUUCACCCGGCUUAGUUGAGCCGCUUCCAAAGGGGGCGGUCAGCGGGGUUAGGACUGAAAACACGCUAGUCAAGGUGGAUCAAAGACAACCGAGUCUUUGGAAUGACUGGAAGAAAGUUGCAUUAUUUAUUUUAUUGGCAGCUGUUUUAAUAGAUGUUUUAAGACUUGGAUAUUUAUGGAUUUUAGAAUAAGUUACAAUGACUCAAGUGUCUUGCACUCCUUUAGGCUUUCCUCAAAAAAUCCGGAAGAUGGAUAUUCAAGUGAUUAACGCCAGCGCUAAUAAAUGGCAUGCUCGUGUCUGCCUGGUACCUGUGAUACCUUGACUUCACAGGGGACCCUUGAAUUGCCAUCUCCAGUCUCACUAUUGUUUAAGCCAGCACGUGCGCGAACAUCUUUCUAUUUUAAUAGAGAUACAGAGAUACAGGUUAAUAUGUGUCUUUACUGGCGCUGAGUUUAAAAACAAAAAAAGAAGAAAGGAAGAAAAAAAGAAAAGAAAAGAGAGAAAAAAAACUGCGUCAUAUUCUGCUCUCUACAGUAGAGGGAAUGAACGAAUCAAGGAAAGACUCGGGCUCGGUUCCUGAAAGCCCGAUUAUAGCUAGCGCUAUUCCAGGACAAAAAUUUUGUUCUGUUUUUGUAUUUUACUUUCCUUCAAGAGAGAAUGAUUCCUUACAUUGCUCUGAGUAACAUUUUGUUAUCAUUACUGUAUCUCACAGUAAAGGUUUAACAGUAUUUUGAAAGCUCGAGUUGUAUGUUCUUAGACAAGAAAACCAUGCUUAAAAUGUGCUUAAUCCCUUAAUCCUGGGUUAAACUAAACCAUCUUUCGAGGAACCUGGCCCAGUACCGUCAAGAUGCAAUGAGUGUCAUUGAAGGGGUGGGGCCCGAAGCGAGCAACUUGUAUACAAUGGUUAUGUCACGGCGUUUUCACGGCUCGAAUGGAUGUAUUUUUUAGAGAAAUUUUAGAGCAGUUUUUCUCGCGAAACUAGAAGCUCCGUCCGUUUGUGAGCGCAUUCGAAUUAUAAGAUUACAGGAGCCCGUAACCCUGAAUAAGGAGAACAGAACAUCAUCAAUUCGCGCC